AUGGUCUCCUAUCGGAGGUUUCCUGAGGUUAGUAUCGACGUUGGCCUCCGAAAUACAAUAGUCGCCGUUUUGUCUGGCAUCGUAUUUUCGAGUGGUUGGUGGAUCAUUAUUGAUGCUGCUGCAUGCUAUGGGCCGGAGUCGUUGCCCCACCCAACGCAUGCGAUCGGGGCUAUCGCUACCAUAGGAUUUAUACUUCUCAAUAUCAUGCCUCAGCACACGGUAAGAAUCUUAACUAGCGACAUUGAGGACCCAAAGGCAUGCGCCCUGCUGUUCGUAAGCGUGCUCAUCAACUUUACAACUCUAAUUGCUGCUGCAUGGGUGAUGUUCGCGUCAUACGUCACAGGAAACAUCAAGCCUGUUUGGCCAGGUGUGGCGCUCUUCCUGCAGAAUUUCCUUAUUUUUAUCUCUGCCUUCCUCUUCCGCUUCGGGCGAUACCACGAGUCAUUUGCCUUCUGA